GAUCUUUUGUAUAAUUGUUCUUUGGAAUUAUAUUUUCAUAAUGAGUCGACAAGGUUAUGUGGCUACACCGCCCUAUUCUCAGUCCCAGCCUGGAAUAGGCCUCUCUCCGCCUCAUUAUGGGGACUAUGGGGAUCUUUCCCAUCCAGCUUCUCCACCAGGUAUGAUGAAGCCAGUUGGGAACUUGGGGGCUACUGCCCCUGGGGUGAUGAUGUCUCCUGGCCCACCACCUCCUGGAUCCCAUCAGUUAGGCCAGAAUGGAGCUCAUGCCUCAGGUCUUUCUCCCCAAAGAUUUCCAGGCCCUCCACCUGUCAACAGUGCAGCACCCUCUUAUGCACAGUACCAGCCUUCAACACAACCAUCUUAUCCAAGUCCUGUGUCCACUUCAUCUGUCACCCACCUCGGCAGUCAGCUCAGUGCUAUGCAUAUCAACAACUAUGGUUCCGGCACAGCACCUCCCAGCCAGGGACCCCCUGGCCCUCCGUCAGCAGCACCCUUCCAGGGUCCUCCACGACCUCCACAGCCUUCUGUCUUGCAGCCUGGAUCCCAGGUUCUUCCACCACCCCCGAGCACGCUGAACGGCCCUGGAGUCUCAUCGCUGUCUCCACCAAGGCAUAGGCAGGAUGGAAUGUCUGGCCCACCACCUCUGAAUGCCCAGUACCAGCCCCCACCUCCUCCAGGUCCUGCGCUGGGUUCUGGGUAUCCUCCACAGCAUCAGGCAGCCAACUAUGGCCCACAGAUGGCAGGUGCACAGCUCUCCUACCCGGGUGGCUUCCCUGGGGGUCCAGCGCAGAUGGCCGGUCCACCCCCACCCCCAAAGAAACUGGAUCCCGACUCCAUCCCCAGCCCUAUCCAGGUGAUUGAGAAUGACAGAGCUACAAGAGGGGGACAAGUUUAUGCCACCAACACUAGAGGCCAGGUGCCUCCCCUUGUCACUACCGACUGCAUGGUGCAAGACCAAGGGAAUGCCAGCCCUCGAUACAUCCGCUGUACCACAUACUGUUUCCCAUGCACAUCAGAUAUGGCUAAGCAGGCUCAGAUCCCACUAGCUGCUGUCAUCAAACCCUUUGCCACAAUCCCUUCAAAUGAGACUCCCCUUUAUUUGGUAAAUCAUGGAGAGAAUGGACCAGUCAGGUGUAACAGGUGCAAGGCCUACAUGUGCCCGUUCAUGCAGUUCAUCGAAGGAGGAAGGCAGUAUCAGUGUGGGUUUUGCAACUGUGUGAAUGAUGUUCCACCAUUCUAUUUCCAACAUCUGGACCACAUUGGAAGAAGAUUGGACCACUAUGAGAAGCCCGAGUUAUCUCUAGGAUCGUAUGAAUUCGUUGCUACUUUGGAUUACUGCAGAAAAAAUAAGCCUCCCAACCCACCAGCCUUUAUCUUCAUGAUUGACGUUUCAUAUAGUAACAUAAAGAAUGGACUUGUCAAGCUCAUGUGUGAAGAACUGAAAACUGUGCUGGAAAAACUUCCAAAGGAGGAGCAAGAAGAGACAUCUGCAAUCCGAGUUGGUUUUAUCACAUACAACAAAGUUCUCCAUUUCUUCAAUGUGAAGAGUAAUCUGGCCCAGCCUCAGAUGAUGGUGGUGACUGAUGUAGGGGAAGUCUUUGUUCCGUUGCUGGAUGGGUUCCUUGUCAACUAUCAAGAAUCCCACUCUGUGAUUCACAAUUUAUUGGACCAGAUUCCAGAGAUGUUUGCAGACUCAAAUGAAAAUGAAACUGUCUUUGCUCCUGUCAUCCAGGCUGGCAUGGAAGCAUUAAAGGCAGCAGAAUGUCCAGGGAAGCUGUACAUCUUCCAUUCCUCCUUGCCAACUGCCGAAGCACCAGGGAAGCUCAAAAACAGAGAUGACAAAAAACUACUUCAUACAGACAAAGAGAAGAUACUUUUCCAGCCCCAAACCAGUGUCUAUGACUCUCUGGCAAAGGAGUGUGUGGCCCACGGCUGCUCUGUGACUAUUUUCCUCUUCCCCAGUCAGUAUGUGGAUGUGGCAUCUUUGGGUCUUGUCCCUCAGCUCACUGGAGGAACGCUUUACAAAUACAACAAUUUCCAGAUGCAUUUGGAUAGCCAACAAUUUUUGAGCGACCUCAGAAAUGACAUUGAAAAGAAAAUAGGCUUUGAUGCUAUUAUGAGAGUUCGUACCAGCACAGGCUUCAGAGCCACUGAUUUCUUUGGUGGGGUUUUCAUGAACAACACCACUGAUGUGGAAAUGGCUGCCAUUGAUUGUGACAAGGCAGUGACUGUAGAGUUCAAGCAUGAUGACAAGCUGAAUGAAGACAGUGGAGCCCUAAUCCAGUGCGCUGUGCUUUACACAACCAUUGGUGGCCAAAGAAGACUUCGAAUUCACAAUCUUGGCUUAAACUGUAGUUCCCAGUUAGCUGAUCUUUACAAGAGCUGUGAGACAGAUGCCCUUAUCAACUUCUUUGCCAAGUCAGCCUUUAAAGCGGUGUUACACCAGCCUUUGAAGGUCAUCCGGGAAAUUUUAGUUAAUCAGACUGCCCAUAUGUUGGCAUGUUACCGAAAAAAUUGCGCAAGUCCAUCUGCUGUGAGCCAGCUUAUUCUCCCAGAUUCCAUGAAAAUAUUUCCAGUGUACAUGAAUUGUUUGUUAAAAAACUGUGUGCUGCUCAGUAGACCAGAGAUCUCCACAGACGAGCGGGCGUACCAGAGACAGCUGGUCAUGACCAUGGGUGUGGCUGACUCGCAGCUUUUCUUCUACCCACAACUCCUGCCGAUACACACAUUAGAUGUAAAGAGUACAACGUUACCUGCUGCUCUUCGUUGCUCAGAGUCUCGACUUUCAGAGGAAGGAAUAUUCCUUCUGGCCAAUGGACUAAACAUGUUCCUGUGGUUGGGAGUAAGUAGCCCACCAGAAUUGAUCCAAGGGAUAUUUAAUGUUCCAUCUUUUGCACAUAUCAACACAGAUACGACAUCACUGCCUGAGGUGGGAAAUCCACACUCUCAACAACUCAGAAUGAUAAUGAAUAUUAUCCAACAAAAGAAGCCAUAUUCAAUGAAGCUUACAAUAGUAAAGCAGAGAGAACAGCCGGAAAUGGUUUUUCGACAGUUCCUGGUAGAAGACAAAGGACUUUAUGGAGGAUCAUCUUAUGUGGAUUUCCUUUGUUGUGUUCACAAGGAAAUAUCUCAGCUGCUUAAUUAAAUCAUCUCUGUUGUUGAUAGUGCAUUUUUAAGGAGACAGUCUCCUUCUUGGUGCCUAAUUUUGCCAAUGAUAGUGGGGUAAUUUCCUUUUCUUGAUCAUUUUCAGAAUAGCUUUUCAAGAAGGCAUUUAGAACUUCAGCUUUGGUGCUCAGGUAUAAAGCCAAUGAAGGUACAGUUGUGCCCUAAAGAGAACGGCCUAUUCUGAAUG